AUGGAACCUUUAGAUGGCACAGCACCUGUUCAUGCUGCCAUCGAAGAUUUCAAAAACGGGGCGUUUGUGAUUGUCGUGGAUGCAGCCGAUAGGAAGAACGAAUGCGACCUCAUCUUUGCAGCAGAGCAUGCGACUACUCAGCGCAUGGCAUUUGCAAUUCGCAAAGGCUCCGGCAUCACAUACGCAGUGUCAAGCAGGGAUCAUUUGACUCACUUCGGGCUCCACCCAGCCACGCAGAUAGGCACAGACCGCUUUGCAAUUGGAGCAUAUGUGUCCACAACUUUCCUGCCUGGAUCCAGUACAGGGAUUUCUGCUGCUGAUCGAGCUGCGACUGUGCGUGCUCUUUGCAAUUUGUCCAAUCCUGCAAAUUCCUUCUCAAAGCCAGGUCAUGUCGUGCCUGUUGUUGCAAGUGCGGAUGGUGUGCUUGAACGUAUGGGUCACACAGAAGCCGCUUUUGACCUGUGUCGGUUGAGCGGCUGCAGGCCAGUAGCUUGCAUGACUGAGCUGACUCAUGACGACGGUUCAAUGCUACGACGGGAGGCGGCGAUGGAGUUUGGCAGGCAGCACUCCAUUCGCGUCAUAACAGUGGAUCAGCUUGUGCAGCUUCGACGCUCGCAGCCAAGCUUCCCCAAUGCCCCCAACCCUGACAGCGUUCCCAGCAUUCGUGGCUUGGACUUGCCCGCGUUUGAUGGAAGUGGCCUUCGGAUUGCAAUCGUUUGCGCUCGCUGGAAUUCUACUGUCACCGGCAGCCUAGUUGCCGGGGUGAAGGAAGCCCUCAGCUCCUGCAACGUCCAGGAUGUCAUGGUGGAGUAUGUGGCAGGCUCCUACGAGCUUCCUGCAGCUGCCCAAAUUCUUUUGGAGUCUCAGAAGUACGAUGGCAUCAUUUGCGUUGGCUGCCUCAUCAAGGGCCAGUCGAUGCAUUUUGAGUAUGUGAGUGAGGCGGUGACGCAUGGCAUUAUGAGGUUGAAUUUGGACUACAAGGUGCCUGUGAUCUACGGUGUUCUUUCAGUGCUGAAUGAACAGCAGGCCAAGGAGAGAUCAGGCGUUUCUGGCAGCCACAACAGUGGUGAAGAGUGGGGGAUCACAUGCGUGGAAUCCUGCCUGUUGAAGAAGCGGUACCUCAAGGCCGCACGCCUGUAG